AUGGCAUCUUCGGACGCAAAGCCCGCGCAGGACAAGACCGCCGACCUUAAGGCCGACGAGACGACGGCGCAGCAGCAGCAGGCCGCCGCCAAGAAGCCCGCGCUCGGCGAGGACGACGAGUUCGAGGACUUCCCCGUUGACGACUGGCCCCAGGAAGAGACCGAGGCGGCCGCCGGCGGGAGCGGCUCGACGCAGCACCUUUGGGAAGAGAGCUGGGACGACGACGACACGAGCGACGACUUCUCUGCGCAACUGAAGGAGGAGCUGAAGAAAGUCGAGGCCUCCAAGAGACGAUGA